GGUAAUGCACUUUCCAUGCAGAAUCAGGGCCGUUAAUAAAGAUCAUCAAAGAAGAAGAAGAAGCCGAAGAAGAAGAAUCAUCAGCUCCUGGCAGUGCGGGCGUGUUGACUAGUUUGCAAAAUCUUGUUAAAUGCAUAGUUCUGUUUAUAUUGUAGAGUACUGCAUUACCUAGCUACGCGUAAUAAUUAUUCGUUUUCAUUAGUUCAGGAAAGGAAGGUGAUUUAGCAAGGUUGCUAACUAGAGGUUUUCAUGUACGUUGCUAGCUAGUUACCUUUACGGCAACGGACAACAUUAGUAUUUUAGCGGUGAGCGUUCUUUAUUUUUCACUUUUCAGAGUCAGAUGCUGAGCGUCUAGUCGCUUAGCUAGUGACGUUUCUAACUCGGGUGAUAGACUGAGGUCGGCGAAUUAGUUUGAGCAGUGGCUAUCAUGUCGGGUGGUCCGGCAGUCCGCGUGAGCAUCGAGUCCUCCUGUGAGAAGCAGGUGCAGGAGGUCUCCUUGGAUGGGCAGGAGACGUACGUUCCGCCUCUCUCUAUGUCCCAGAACCUGGCCAAACUUGCUCAGCGUAUCGACUUUGGCCAGGGGUCCGACUCUGAGGAAGAGGGUGCCGUUGGAGAGUCCAGGGAACAAGAAUGGGGAAAACAGGAACCUGAAGAGGAGGAAGGCACAGUAAAGUUCCAGCCAUCGCUGUGGCCCUGGGAUUCUGUGCGUAACAACCUGAGAAGCGCACUGACGGAGAUGUGCGUGCUUUAUGAUGUUCUCAAUGUCGUCAAAGAGAAGAAGUACAUGGCCCUGGACCCAGUUUCACAGGACCCCACUGCUGGCAAGACCCCUCAGGUGUUUCAGCUGAUCAGUAAAAGGAAAUCUCUGGCCACAGCAGCACAGCUCCUCCUUAAGGGCGCAGAGAAGCUGAGCAAGUCGGUGGCUGAGAACCAGGAGAAUCGAAGGCAGAGGGACUUCAACUCUGAGCUUCUUCGUCUCAGGUCUCAGUGGAAGCUCAGGAAAGUGGGAGACAAGAUCCUGGGUGACCUCAGCUACAGAAGUGCAGGGUCCCUGUUUCCUCAUCACGGCACUUUUGAAGUGAUUAAAAACACAGACAUCGACUUGGACAAAAAGAUCCCUGAAGAUUACUGCCCUUUGAAUGUUCAGAUUCCUAGUGACCUGGAAGGAUCUGCAUACAUUAAGGUUUCGAUACAGAAACAAGCUCCUGAUAUUGGUGACCUUGGUACCGUGAACCUCUUCAGAAGACAGCCCAAGGCUAAAGCGGGAACUCAAGCCUGGCAUGUGAAGCUGGAAGCUGCCCAGAACGUCCUUCUCUGCAAGGAGAUAUUCGCUCAGUUGUCCAGGGAAGCCGUCCAGAUCAAGUCUCAGAUCCCACACAUUGUGGUGAAGAACCAGAUAAUAUCACAGCCAUUUCCAGGUCUGCAGCUGUCUAUCUCUCUGUGUCACUCCACCACUGGUGACAAGAAGAAUCAGAAAGCUUCACCAGAAAAACCCAAACCAGAUGAUCACCUCUAUGUUCUGGAACACAAUCUACACCAGCUCAUGAGAGAGUUUCAUAAACAGACUCUCAGCUCUGUGGUGAUGCCACACCCUGCUAGCGCCCCCUUUGGCCACAAGCGGCUCCGACUAGCUGGACCCAUGGCUUACGACAAAGCUGAAAUUGCCACCCUGCAGCAGAGUGAGGGGUUGCUGGAGAAGAUUAUCAAACAGGCCAAGCACAUCUUUCUCAGAAGCAGGACUGCACGGACAAUCGAUAGCCUGGCCAGUCGCAUAGAGGAUCCUCAGAUCCAGGCUCAUUGGUCCAACAUCAAUGAUGUGUACGAGUCUAGUGUCAAGGUGCUGAUUACCUCUCAGGGUUAUGAGCAGAUCUGCAAAUCUAUCCAGUUGCAGCUGAACAUCGGUGUUGAGCAGAUACGGGUGGUGCACCGGGAUGGACGUGUCAUUACCUUGUCCCACCAGGAACAGGAGCUGCAGGACUUUCUCCUCUCGCAAAUGUCUCAACACCAGGUCCAUGCAGUGCAGCAGCUGGCCAAGGUGAUGGGCUGGCAUGUUCUGAGCUUCAGUAACCACGUUGGCUUGGGUUCUGUGGAGAGCAUCGGGAAUGCCUCUGCCAUCACUGUGGCGUCUCCCAAUGGAGAGUACGCCAUCUCAGUGCGGAAUGGUCCAGAGAGCGGCUGCAAGGUUCUGGUCCAGUUCCCCCGGAACCUGUGCAAGGAGUUGCCCAAGAGUGACGUGAUCCAGGACAACAAGUGGAACCAUCUGCGUGGUCCGUACAAAGAGGUGCACUGGAGCAAGAUGGAGGGCCGCAAUUUUGUGUAUAAGAUGGAGCUCCUCAUGGCAGCCCUAACCCCCUGCCCUUAAACCCCCUCUGGCAAGUGGACUGAGGGUUGGAGGGGGGGGGGGGGUUCAUCAUAGAAAAUCACAACAGGAAUACUGUUUUGAUACUUUCUUCUCACUUGAACACAUUCAGUUGGCUGUAAAGUGUAUCGCACGUUACAAGCAUUCUUUCGUGGCAGUUAAGGAUAUUGCUGCCAGCUGAAUUUGAAUACGAGUGUGUGAAUAUGAGCAGCACAGUUACUGAUAUGAGUCGGCCCUUGUCCGGUGUCAUGUCUGCUGAGGUUAUAUGAGGUUUUGUAAUGUAUUUUCACACAAAAUAUUCAAAUACUGCUCCAAGUUACAAAAUAUUUGUAAAAACAUUAUAACUUGGGCAUAUCACCUGACCAUAGUUUUAAGCAAUACAUGUCUUAUAUUGGAGCACUGAAAAUAAAUGUCUUGAAUUCAUAUUU